AUUUCUCUCUCCCUCGUAAAAUCUCUCUCGACCUCCGAAAUAAAAAAAGUUGAGAUUUUCUCGCACAAUUUUUUCUCAACCUUUCCAUCAUUUUCUCUCUUGACUCGGUCGACGAAUAUCACCACACCAACCCGCUCUCUCUUCCUCUCUCUCUCUCUCUAUCUCUCUCUUUCAAUCCUCAACUGAUCUACGAAUUGUUUUGAUUCCUCCGAUUCGUUUUUAAGUGUUAAAAGAUUUUCCCCCAAUAAAAAAGGAGAUCUUGUUUUUUUUUUUUUUUUUUCGCGGGCGAGGGUUCGGUUUGGUAUUGAUCGUGUGUGAGCGAAAAACAAAACAAAGAAGGGGUUUCAAUUGAUUCUCUCUAAUUGGGUUUUUUUAAAAAAUCGUAUCUUGUUAAUGUUUAGGAUUAGGUUUCGAAAACCCUAGUUUUUUUCUUUUUGAUCGAGUUUCAUAACAGAAAGAAAAGGAAAAAAAAAAUUCAAUUCAUUCUUUUGUUACCUUCAAAUUUAGUUGUUAAUACGUCUCAGUUUCGUUUUCUUUUUUUUUUUUAGGGUUCCCAAAGGAAGCUCUGAAAAUUUCUGGUGCCUAGUAUUUUUUUAAUUGCCAUCUGAAAUCAAAAGAGUUUCCUUUUUUUUUUUAGAUCCGUCUUCUUCUUCCACAAAUUCGUCUUUAAAUCACCCAAAAAAAAAAUAAAAGAAGUAACUUUUAAUUUUUUUUUUUCUUCUUCCGGAUCUGAUCUAUCUUCAUAGGGGGGGGUUUUGAGUUUCUUUAGGGAUUUUGUACAUAAAAGAGGGAUUUUUUUUUUUUUUUAGUUUUUGGUUGGUUAGGUUUUAAAAAAAAGUGUAUAUAGAGAUUCAUAGAAAUGGCUUUGAAUUUUUCACAUAGACCCUUUUCUUCCCAUUUAUCUGAGGAACCAAUGAAGAUAUCCAAUGGGAAUUGGUGUUCCACUUUCGAUAAAGGUGAUUGCUUUGAUUACGGAAGAGGUGAUUCUUCUUCUUCUGUUGACAUACUUGAUGUUUUGCCAUCUGAUCCCUUUGGUAUGGAUAUCAACAACACUUUUACGGCCAUUACUGGUUGGCUUGAGGAUUUGGAUUAUAAUAACCAGUAUGGGAGAAGGAGAGAUGACAUUUGGAUUGGUGAUGGAAACCAUCAGCAGCUCUUUGCUGGUUUGAGUUUCAUUUGGAACAAUGCAAUGCAGCUUCAGAGUAGUAGUGGGUACAGUUAUGGAUCGGAGUCUUUGCACGGGUUUGGUGAGGCCUUUGAUGGGUCUCUGUUCUCCGCAUGUAAAUUCCCCUCCGAGACUAGUGUGGACAACAACAAUGUGUUUGGAGGUGCAUUUGAUGGUGAUGGAUCUUGUCAUGGUGCCUUUAUAUCUGCGAGUAGUGUGGAUGAGGUAUUGAGCGUUGAGGGUUCGAGGAGUAGUGAAAAAGUUGUAGGAAGCAGUGAUCGCUGCACUGAUGGAGACGACGAGUAUGCGAGCUUUCAUCCAGCGUUUGCUUUUUGUCUUUAUCACUUGGGAGUGAAGGAUCUUCUUUCAGCCAGUAUGGUUUGCAAGUCUCUGCAUACAACUGUGUGUGAUGAUUCGUUACUGUGGAAACAUAUCCACAUUUGUCAACCCUUGAAUGAGAAGAUUACUGAAGAGUCUCUGCUGCAUUUAACUGAGAGGGCUCAGGGUACUAUGCAGUGUUUGAGGCUUGUAGAUUGCUGUAGGAUUACUGAUGAUUGUCUUAAGCGGGUGUUGGAGCGUAACCCGCAAGUAGUCAAGCUUGGUGUGCCUGGAUGCACAAGGAUCACUAUUGAUGGUAUUUUGAGCAUCUUAAGGGAUCUGAAGUCUGUGGGAAAGCUUCAACUGAAGCAUUUAGAAAUCGGUGGCCUCUUUGGAGUUACCAAAGAUCACUAUGAUGAAUUGUUUGAAUUGUUGAACAUUGACAAUAAUGUCGAACAGAAGAUUCAGAAGCCGCGUUUUUACCAUAGAGGAGACUCAUGUGUGUCCUGUGAUGAUGACCGGGCGCUAGAUAUUGAGAUGUGCCCAAAGUGUCAGAAUUCUAGGCUUGUGUAUGAUUGUCCAGCAGAAGAUUGUAAAGGGAAAAAGGAAGGCUCUGAGGAAUGUCGUGCUUGUUCUCUUUGCAUACAGAGGUGUUAUCAAUGUGGUCGGUGCAUCAAUGACAGCGAAUAUGAAGAAACGUUUUGUCUGGAGUUUUUGUGUGCUGUUUGUUCGAAGCCGGCUCCUAAGGUAACUCUCUAGGUAUAUAAUUCCAUCUGAGCCUUUCUUAUAUCUAUGAUUGAAUGGCUCAGUCUCCACGGGUAGGCUGUAGUUUAUGGGAGGUGUAUCUGCUCAUGGGUGUAGAUGCCAUAUGUGUAUUAGUAUUACUUAUUUGGUUUGACCAAAGAAAAAGACGAAAAACAAAAAAAAAAAAGAGUCAAGAAAGAAAAGCAAUUAGUUUGGUUGGGGGAAGACUACUGAUGGUACUGUUGAAACCUUCUGAGAAACAGAAGAUGUGGUCUACUGUUGAUGAGUGUGGCUUGUUUAGUUUGAGGAAGUUAUGAAUAAUGAAUUAUGCAAAAGGAAAACGCAAGAAAGAGGCUGAGUAAUAUGUUUAACAGCACGUAAUUGGACUUGUCAGCUGUUUUGGUGGUCUGAGUUUGGAUUUGAAGACUACAUAAUAAGAAGAGUUUAGGCAUUGAUGGUACACGGUGCUGAAGCUAUCAGAGCUGGAUUUAGGUUAAGAAGCAGAUGAUCAUUUGGGAUUGAAGAUGAAGAACACUGGUUGUCUGCUUUCUUGACCGAGAUCAUAAACUCCAUGUCAAUCAAGGUAUUGCCACUAUGUGAAAUCUUUGCUUAGUGGGGAUGUUCUUCAACUAUCUUUGAAUUUUUUUUUUUUUUUUUUUAAGAAUAAAAAACAUGUUCCCUUUCAUCUUUAUUUGGCGAUUGGAUACAUUGUUGUUGUUGUUGUUGUCAUAAAAGGUUUGCUUUGGAUUUAGAGAUGUAUUUGACAUCUCGAAAGGGGGUUGUAACUUUGGAUUGGUCUUUGAUCCAUGUGUCUGUUAUAUUCAACUCAAUAAACAAACCGUGAGAUUCUACACCA